CCGAAAAAAAAAACUUGGUCAGGGCGGUGCGUGAAAUCUAUUUUCUGAAUGUGCAAGCUGUCCUAGAAAAUGGGGGAGCAACCGAUCUUCACUUGCAACGCUCAUGUGUUUCACAUAGAUCCCAAAACCAAACGCACAUGGAUAACAGCGAGCUCGAAAGCCAUUGCGGUGAGCUUCUUCUACGACUCCUCCCGGAACCUAUACCGAAUCAUUAGCGUUGAAGGCAGCAAGGCGGUAAUCAACUCUACCAUUACACCUAAUAUGACGUUCACGCAAACGUCGCAAAAGUUCGGUCAAUGGAGCGAUGUACGUGCCAAUACCGUCUACGGUCUAGGGUUUGCCUCGGAGGCUGAGCUGGGCAAGUUUAUAGUAAAAUUCCAAGAAGUGAAGGAAGCUACUAAGGAUGCCCUUAACAAAGCGUCUGCUAAUGGCAACUCGGCCGCUGCUUCCGCCAAUGCUUCACCAAUCACUGCACGUGCGUCGGCCAACAGUGGCGAUAUCUUCGACUCGGGAAAUCUAGAGCCUCCACUAGCUCCGGCAAAUCCCAUUACGACGACUUGCAAGACAGAUAGUCCUUCGCACAACAUCAGCGAGACCAACGCCAACAACUUGACUAACGAACUAAAGCAACUGUCAAUUAACAACUCAUCAUCUAGCGAUGGCACCGUCACAUCAACGACAGAACAGCAGCUAAAAUACGAGAAUGAAAGAUUGAAACACGCACUAGCUCAGAGCUCCGCCAAUGCCAAGAAAUGGGAAAUUGAAUUGGCAACUUUGAAAAGCAACAACCUACGGCUAACUAGCGCCUUGCAGGAAUCAACGGCCAAUGUGGACGAGUGGAAACGGCAGCUUCAUUCGUACAAGGAGGAAAAUCAACGAUUAAAGUUACGUUACCAGGAUCUGGAGGCAUCGGCCAAGAGCGUUGGCGGUACUACCGUAACCGCAGCGACCGCCGGUGUUGCCAAUGAGCUGACGGAAGAAUUACGCCGCGAGAUUGUGUCAUUGAAGUCUCGCAUCGAGGGGCUCGAAGGCGAACUGAUGAACCAGGAGGUCGAAUUAAAGGCAGCCAACAAAUCCCUGAAGGACAAGCAGAACGAUCCAAUGUUCAAACAGAUGACUAAUUUGUGCAAUCAGUUCAACGCCCAAAUCAGUGAGCUCAGUGGCAUUCACAAGGAGAUGGAAAAGUUGAUUCAGGCACAACAGAAAUCUACUUGAGACGCGUGUGCGACAAAAGAGAUAACCGCU